AACCAAAACGUGCUUUUAUUUGUGUCCUUUUUACCACCCAUAAAAAAUCUCAAAGCAAAGCAGAGCAGGUCAAAAUCCUCAAUAGCCAACCCCUCUCUCUCUCUCUCUCUCUCUCUCUCUUCCAUGGCGGCCGAAAACACCAAGAAGAAGACUAAUACAUUCUCAAACAACCCCAUCCUCCUACGAACCAGUUCCUCCCUUUGACAUUUUUAAGCCUCAAAACCCACAUUGAACCUUAAAACCCAAGUCUUUUGCUUAUUUCUCUGCAACCAUAACCCCCCAUUAACCUUCCACUCUCUAUCUUGGUAUUCGUGCUCCAUUCCUCUCCCUCUCUCUCUCUCUCUCUCUCUCUCUGAACUCUCAGCCAAGAGAGAGAAAAAGAAGAAGCUUAGCUGAACUUAAGCGCUUCUUUGAGAUCUUGGUUUUGCUUUAGUAUUGUGGAUUCUUGGAUUUAGUUCUUUUUUCUUUUUCGGUUUCCUUAUUUGAGAUCUGAAAGUGAAAAAUGGGAAGUAAAUGGAGGAAAGCGAAGGUCGCACUGGGUCUCAAUCUCUGUAUGUUUGUCCCAAGAACUUUAGAAGACUCACCUCCUUCUCUAGAGGCCUCUGAGAGGCUGUCUGAUGCUGCUCUGCUCUCCCCGGCCAAUUGGAGCACGCUUUCUUCGCGUCCGAGCACGCCUACGCCGUCUUCUUAUGGUUUAAGGUUGUCCAAAAGUGGUAGCAAAUCGUCCAAGCAGACCUGCUCAAUAUGCUUAACCAAAAUGAAACAAGGGGAUGGUCAUGCUAUUUUCACUGCGGAAUGCUCUCAUUCAUUUCAUUUCCACUGCAUUGCUUCAAAUGUCAAACAUGGCAACCAAGUUUGUCCAGUUUGCAGAGCAAAAUGGAAAGAAAUCCCUGUGCAAGGUCCUAGCUUAGAUCCUUCCCCUGGGAGAGCAUCAAUUAGUCCAGUUGGUUGGCCCCAAAAUGAUGCUUUGAUGACUGUGGUCCGCCAACUUCCUCCCACUCAAAGAGAUAUGAAUCGGCGGCAUAUCAUGCCACUUUAUCAAGCUAUGGAGCCGACUGUAUUUGAUGAUGAUGAAACCUUAGAUCACCAGCCUGUAUUUUCUGAAAGAAGCUGCUGCGAUAAGAAUACUGCAGAUCGCAAUUCUAUUAAAACAAUAGAGAUCAAAACAUAUCCAGAGGUUUCAUCUGCCCCCCGGUCCAAUUCUUUUAAUAACUUCACUGUUUUGGUUCAUCUCAAAGCCUCUGCUGCAAUUACGACAAAAAAUCCCAGCAGAAACCUGGCUAGCUUGCUACAAUUUUCUCAGACUCCUCGUGCUCCGGUGGAUCUAGUCACAGUGCUUGACGUAAGUGGUAGCAUGGCAGGAACCAAGCUUGCAUUGCUUAAACGAGCCAUGGGAUUUGUAAUACAGAACCUUGGCUCCAAUGACAGGCUUUCAGUUAUUGCCUUCUCCUCCACAGCCCGUCGCCUGUUUCCUCUUUGUCGGAUGUCUGACUUGGGGCGACAGCAGGCACUUCAAGCUGUUAACGCUUUGGUUGCAAAUGGUGGGACCAACAUUGCUGAAGGCCUGAGAAAGGGUGCCAAGAUAAUGGAAGACCGAAGGGACAAGAAUCCUGUGGGCAGUAUAAUACUGCUGUCUGAUGGGCAGGACACUUAUACUGUCAAUGGCUCUGGUAAUAACCAACCUCAACCAAAUUACCAGUCGCUCCUCCCUUUAUCUAUGCACAGUGGUCACAGUACAGGAUUUCAGAUUCCAGUGCAUGCUUUUGGAUUUGGUGCGGAUCAUGAUGCUUCAUCAAUGCACUCAAUUUCAGAGAUUUCUGGAGGGACCUUUUCUUUCAUUGAAACUGAAGCUGUAAUUCAAGAUGCGUUUGCACAAUGCAUCGGGGGGCUUUUGAGUGUCGUGGUGCAGGAGCUGCAAGUGGGAGUCGAGUGUGUCCAUACAAAAACCCACCUUGUCUCACUAAAAGCAGGAAAUUACCCCAGCCGUGUGACGGCUGAUGGUCACACCGGAUUUAUUGAUGUUGGAGAUUUAUACGCUGAUGAAGAGAGGGAUUUUCUGGUAUCUCUCAAUGUCCCUGCAGAGCCUACCAGCAGUGAAACAUCACUGAUAAAGGUGAGGUGUAUGUUCAAGGAUCCCUUAACUAAAGAAAUGAUGACACUAGAGAGUGACGAAGUUACGAUUGAGAGGCCUGAAAUUGCUAAACAAGUGGUAGUGUCAAUAGAUGUAGACCGGCAACGCAACAGGCUCCAAGCGGCUGAGGCAAUGGCACAGGCACGAGUUGCAGCUGAGCAGGGAGACUUAGCUGCUGCAGUUUCAAUUCUUGAAAACUGCCGAAGAGUGUUGUCAGAGACCGUGUCAUCCAAAUCUCAUGAUCGGCUUUGCAUUGCAUUGGAUGCUGAGCUCAAAGAAAUGCAAGAGAGGAUGGCAAGUAGGCAUGUGUACGAGUCAUCUGGAAGAGCCUAUAUUCUUUCUGGACUGAGCUCACACUCGUGGCAAAGAGCAACAGCAAGAGGUGACUCCACCGAUGGUUCAAGUCUUGUUCAAGCUUAUCAAACUCCAUCAAUGGUUGAGAUGCUUACUCGAUCUCAAGCCAUGUUACUAGGUAGUCCCUCAGGCCAGAGGCUUGUGCAGCCAUUAUUGUCAUUCGGGUCUCAACCGAAGCCAAGGUGAAUUUUGCAGGAUUAUUGUGGGGGUCAUCUUCAAAUAGCUUUUUUGUUGCAUUUCUCAUUUUCCUGUAUUUUUAAUUUUGUUGUGGGGAGGGUGAUAAAUUGGAGAGAUAAGAAGAGGGUUUUUUUGGCUGUUUAUCUUAUAUGUGUAAAUGAAUAAAGCUUGGGGAAAGUGAAAGGGUGAAAGAAUAUGCUUGGCAGUAAAAAUGGACACUAGGUAGGGUUCAAAACAUCAUUUUCUCGAUUUUCGUGUUGUGUUGUGUUGGGGGUGUACAUAUUGAGGAAUGGCUUUUCUCUUUGGGAGACCUGGGUAUAAAGUUUAUAAUUGUGAAAA